AUGUCGUGGUUAUCUUUCGUUUCAUUUCUUUCGCUAUUGAUAAGCAACGAAGCGGUAUUGGGUCGCUGUCCACAACGGUGCUUAUGUCACAAAGGAUUGAUUGAUUGUCGUCGACAGUCAUUGUUAGCUGUACCUCGAUAUCUACCAGCCAAUACUACAGUGCUAAAUUUGGCCGAUAAUGCUAUUCAGAUACUUCCAGAACAUUUUUUUGAUUAUUCGAAGAGGCUGAAAACACUCAUUCUGAAUGGUAAUCCACUAAACUGUGAUUGCAGAUGGUUAUCAUUAGCUGGCUUUAUUCAUCAACAUUCCAGUAUAUCACCGGUUUGUCAUCACCCCGAUGUACUUCGUUGGCGACAAUUUUCAUCACUCAAAAGCAGCGAUUUUCGAUGCUUUGGAGUAAAACUGCUAGAUGAUAAACGUAGUGCGAAAUGUGAAGUUGACAUCAAAGCACCAAUUACUUUCAUUUACGGAAAGGAAAAAGUGGAUGAUAAUAAUACGAAAGGAAUCAAAAUACUAUCAAAUGGUAUGGUUUUGUUAAAUUCUAAUGUUUCAUUGAAUGAACUACACUGUGCUGUUGAUUACAAUGCAACUAUCAUUCACCAAUCUCGACUUCCGCGUCAAAUUUUUGACGCUCCUUCGGCACCAAAAUUUACUCUGAAACCGAAGGAUCGUUCAUAUCGUGAAGGAACCACUGUUCGGCUUGACUGUGAGGUAACUGGUAAGCCGCGACCCUCCAUAACUUGGUAUUUUAAUGGUAAAAAGCUAAAAAGAUCACGGAAGUAUGGAAUGAAUCUUGAGCAAACCAGUUUGAAUAUUUAUUCAUUUCUUGAAAGAGAUGUUGGAAAGUACACCUGCGUUGCGGAGAAUGCAUUUGGACAAAUUGAAACUUCAGCAGAAGCUCGACUCAUUUCCAGUUCUCCACCUGUUAUUACAGAAGGUCCAGAAAAUCAGAAAGUAUCAUUAGGCUCAACUGUAACGUUCCGUUGUCGAGCUGAUGGUGAACCUCGUCCAUUUAUUACGUGGUUUCUGAAUGGUGGUGAAAUACACAUAUUGAAAGGACAUUUUCACGUAUCAGAUGAUGAAAUGGAAUUGACCAUUUCGGGAAUAACCAAAUACGAUGAAGGAGUGUAUUCAUGUAUGGCAGCUAAUACAGUUGGUUCAAUGAUCGCUGAAGCUCGUUUAAUAAUUGAUCACAAUCGAUUUCAAGAUAAUUCAAUAAAUGAUCAUUUUAUCCAUGACGUUUUCCAACAAGCAUCACAAAAUGUUGAUAGUGCUAUCGAACAAACACGUGAAAAAUUAUCAAAAAUAACUAAUCCACAUGAGCUAUUGCGAUGGUUUCAAUUCUCAUUUCCUCAGACAAUUGAACUUAGUCGUGCACGAGAAAUCUAUGAGGAAAGCAUACGUCUUAUCCAAAAGCAUGUCGAAAAAGGUUUGACUUUGCCUCUUGAUAAACUUUCGUCGAACAUUUCUAUUGAAUCUGUUCUUGCCAAAUCUCAUGUUGACAUGUUAGUGCAACUAGCUGGUUGUUCGGGAGUGCAAACUCGAGAUCCUUGCGAUGAACAGUGUUUCCAUUCACGUUACAGUCAGACGAAGUUCCGACGUUUGUUACCGCCGAUAUACGAAAAUGGUUUUAAUACGCCAGUCGGAUGGGAUCCGAACAAGUUAUAUUUCGGUUACCGUAAGCCCAAUGCACGAAGCGUAUCCAAGAAGCUUCUUGAAACCAAUCAUAUCACUCCUCAUAAAACUUAUUCUACAAUGCUAAUGCAGUGGGGACAAUUUAUUGAUCAUGAUUUGGAUUUUACUGCAACAGCAAUCAGUCGUCAAGCAUUUGCUACGGGCGCUAUUUGUAAUCGAACUUGUGAAUAUCUCAAUCCCUGUUUCAAUAUACCAUUAGCGCAUGAUGAUCCAAGAAUGCUUGCAAA